CAAUGUUAUAAAAAAAACUGCUUCACUCCCAUUCUUGUUUUCCGACAUUUGGAGGAGAGGGUCAAGCACCUCCUUGAGCCCGGCCUUCUCCACCUUCUUUAAUUUGAGAAUAUAAUAAUAAGACCACAAAAGAAAACAUGUCUAACAAUGUGAUCGUUAUGGUGGUGUGCUCUGUCCUUCUGCUGGCAAUGGUGGUUGCUCUCACGGUGGGGUUCGGGCGUUAUGAAUAUAAAGAGCGCAAGGAGGUAAAAUCCUCGGAGAAAGCCAUCAAAUCCAUAUGCCAACCCACCACGUACCAAGAGACUUGCAUUAAGAGCCUGGAGAAAUCUCCGGCCUCCAAUACCACGGACCCCAAGGAGCUAAUCCAAGCCUCCCUCCACAUCACCAUUCAUCGCCUUCGCAACGCCAUGAACAAGUCCAGGCAUUUGGAGGAGCUCCACAAGGACCCCAGAUCCAAACAGGCCCUGGAUGAUUGCCAGGUCCUGGCCAAACGGGCCGUGAAGGAUCUGAAGAGGACGUUCGCUCAGUUCAGCGAGUUUGAUCUCUCGGAUUUGGAUAACUGGCUAGCGGAUUUGAAAACAUGGCUUAGCGGUUCCCUCACGUAUCAAGAAACCUGCCUGGAUGGCUUCCAAGGCACCCCUGGUGACCACAAGGAGAAGAUGAAGAAGCUUCUCAGGACUUCCAUGCAAUUAACGAGCAAUGCCUUGGCUAUGGUUACCGAAAUCUCUUCGGCUCUCUCGGAAUUGGGCGUGCAGGGCGUGAGCAGCUCCAACAAACGGCGUCUCCUGGGACACGAGAGCCUUGUUUGGGCUGAGAUGGCAACCCCGGAGUGGGUGGACAUGGGGCGGCAUAGGCUGCUAACGGCGAAGAGGUCGGAGAUCAAGCCCAACCUGGUUUUGGCCAAGGAUGGGUCGGGGAAGUACAUGACGAUAAAUGAGGCGUUGGAGGAUAUCCCAAGGAACAAGAACAAGACAUUCGUGUUGUACAUCAAAGAGGGUGUUUAUGAAGAGCACGUCGCAUUUUUCCGGAAAAUGACACAUUUGAUGAUCAUGGGUGAUGGUCCAACCAAGACCAAAAUCACUGGAAGCAAGAAUUACAUUGAUGGGGUUUCCACUUUUCACACUGCAACCGUUGCUGCGAUGGGAGAUUUUUUCAUGGCAAGAGACAUUGGAUUCGAGAACUCAGCAGGGCCGGAGAAACACCAAGCUGUGGCACUGAGAGUCGGGGCCGACAGGUCAAUCUUCUACAACUGUCAAAUGGAUGGGUACCAAGACACUCUUUACACGCACACCUACCGCCAGUUUUACCGCGACUGCAUAAUCUCCGGCACCAUAGACUUCAUCUUCGGCAACGCCGCCGUCGUGCUCCAAAACUGCACCUUUAUGGUUCGAAAGCCGAUGGAGAAUCAACAGUGCAUUGUUACGGCUCAAGGCCGCAUAGACCCACGCCAACCGACCGGCCUCGUCUUGCAAAAUUGUAGCUUUGAGGCUGACCCGGAGUACUACCCUGUCCGGUCCAAGCUCAAAUCGUACCUGGGCCGGCCUUGGAAAGAGUACUCUAGGACUAUAAUUAUGGAGUCCUUCAUCGACGAUUUGAUCCAGAAAGAUGGAUGGUUGCCGUGGAAUGGAGAUUUUGCUCUGGAUACGCUUUUCUAUACUGAAUAUAACAAUAGAGGACCGUCUUCUAGUAAGGGGGAGCGUGUGAAAUGGAAGGGAGUGAAGGAGCUUCCCUUGAACCGGAUUGAACGGUUCACGGCGGCGCGGUUUAUCCAGGGUGAUGUAUGGAUUAAGCGAACUAGACUUCCCUACAAUUCCGGUUUUAUUUACCCGCCACCCAAGCAUAGUCCGGAGGUUAAAUACUCGCCGGUGAUGCCUGAUGAAAUCAAAGAUAUGGGUGCUAAAGAAAAGGCUAUCUAUGAUCCUCCUAAAGCAUCCCCGCCUCCGUCUCCGCCUUCGCCUAGUCAAUUUUCAUUUUCUUCGAUUUUUGGUGGCGGUGGGGGUGGGGGUGGGGGUGGGGGAUCACCUCCUACCAAAGAACCAGCUGAUUCUUCCAACCAAACUUCUCCAAAAACUUCCACUCCGGUUCACCCAUCGCCCGAAUCCACAAGCGGUUCAAGUUCAGCUUCAGUUCAAACUCCAGCAUCAUCACCCGGUCCGGUUCAGGCACCAUAUCAAUUCUCAACUAUACCAAUUUCAGUUACUCCUGUAUCAGCCCCGGUUCAAGGUGAACCUCCCACUCAAGCUUCUGAGUCAACUUUUGGUUUGGGAUCCCCCGGUCCAGUUCAGGCAUCGCCUCAAUCCUCAACUGCUCCAGUUUCUUCUCCGGUUCAAGCUUCUGCAUCAACUCCUAGUCCGGUUCAAGCACCUGCUCAAUCCCCCACUACGGCUCCAGUUUCAGCUCCAGCUAAAGCUGAAGCUUCAACUCCGGCUUCUGCGUCAGUUCCUGGUCCGGUUCAGGCUUCUGCUCCCGCUCCAGUUUCUACACCAUCUUCUACCCCGGCUCUAGCUCCGGCUCAGCCCUCAACACCGGUAUCAGCUCCCACUCAAGCUUCUACUUCAGCUUCCAGUCCGGCACCAUUAGCCCCCACUCAAGUUCCAGUUGCAGCUCCACUAGGAAACUCGGCUACUCAGGUUCCAACAACGGCUCCACCUGGAAACUCGACUACUCAUGUUCCAGCAGCGGCUCCACCUGGAAACUCGGCUCCUACUCACGUUCCGGCAGCGGCUCCACCUGGAAACUCGGCUACAGAAGUUCCAGUAGCGGCUCCAUCAGGAAACUUGGAUACUCAUGUUAAAGUAGCGACUUCAUCAGAAAACUUGAUAGCUACUCCUUCGAUUCAGACUAAAACAGCUCUUGGUCCUAGCGUAGAAGCAGGCGUCAAAACUCCAUCGCCAUCGAGAAAUCAACCACCCAAAAGUUCGGGCUGGACUUUUGGAAUUUUUUGA